CAAGUCAAGAUGGCCUCAAGAGUAACAGAUCAACCACUCCUGCAAAAGAUCAGCCACAGACAUCUUGAGUGUCAAAUCUGCAUGGAGCGCUUCAAGGAGCCCAAAAUGCUGGAGUGUUUUCAUUCAUUUUGUCUGGAAUGCCUUCAACACCUAGCAGAGACUAACCCAACUAGUCCAACACUAAUAUGCCCAUUGUGUCGAAGUCAAACUUCCUUGACUAAAAACAGAGUUUCUCAACUUUGUUCGGACUUCAAAAUGACUUCUUUGUUGGAUGAAAUAAGAGAGCAUGAGACUGAAUUACAAAGUCUACAAGAAAUUCAACCACCUGGCAGAAAGGAAUCCGUUUCUAAAUGUAGCAAGCAUACUGGCAAGGAUGUUAUCAUGUACUGUGACUCAUGCAAACAGUUGAUAUGCACAACUUGCAUUGCUAAGGACCACAAAAUGCAUCCUGCCACUGAACUCAAUGAGGUUGUUGACAACUACAAGAAGAAAGCCAAUGAAAUAUUAGCAGCAGUAGCACAACAUCACAUAACUUUUAAGAUUGCUAUGGAAGACAUAGGUAUGUCUCGCAAGACAUUAGAUUCUAUGUUUGCUGCCACCAAAGCACAGAUCUCCAAGAAGACAGAUGAGAAGAUUGCCAAAGAGGUUGCACGGAUGAGACAGGAAGAGAACAACCUGAUGUUGGAGUUAGCCCAGACUUAUGAAGACAAAGCCACACAAAUAGAAACUGCACUUACAACAAAUAACACCGAAAUGACAAAAGCACAGAAUAUGCAAGUUACAGUUAGUCAACACAUAUAUAAAGUGAACUUCAGUGAGAACCUACAACUGAUAGAGAAACUCUUGCAAGACCUCAAAGACUACACAGAGAUACAGCCCAAACAAGUGACCAGCGAACUGACUUGUUUUGACUUUGAAGGUGAUCAGAAAACAUUCGAGAGACUGAGAAUCAAAGAAGAACAGAAACUAGGAGCAGCUUCUGCUUCAGAUACAACAUGCAAACCCAAGACAAAACUGACAUGGACACUGAAAACAGAAAUAACCAGAUAUAAGAACAGAGAUAAACAAAUACAAAACAUAUGCGCAUCGAAGGCGGCUUCCUACUGCAAUAGCGACAUUGUCAUCUGUGAUUUAAAGAGCAGCAUCUUGAUCAAAAUAUCAGUCGACAGCAGAGCCCAAUCAAAGGUCCUCCCAAAAGAGCUGUCGAUUGAAGGUCUCAUUCAUCCUAGAAGAGUGACUGUGAACAAGAAAGAUGAGCUCAUUGUUGUAGACAACACAGAAGUUAAGAUCUUCAAUAGAAAAUAUAAGUGUCUCAAUUGUUUCACACUGAGUGGACAGCCAACGAUCCAGCCAUCAUGUAUAGCAGUGGAUGACAAUAAUCACAUAGCAGUGGGAUAUGUACAUGGAGAAAUCUCGCUGUACAGACAAGAUGGAUCCCUUAUAAAUACAUUGCUGGCUCAAGGGAUCGGUGGAUUCUUAACUAUCCACAAACAGCAACUCAUCUACACCAACUGGGAUGACAAGAAGUUAGUAUCAAUUGGCUACAAUGGUGACAUUAUAUUCUCAGUAGAUAUCAAUCAUAACAUGUUGCCUCGUGGUUUAUGUUGCGACAAGGAUGGUAGCAUCUAUGUUGCUGCGUGGGAUAAGCUAUCACCAUCAGGUGACAUCCACCAUUACAAUCCUGAUGGCAAGUACAUCGGAUGUAUCAUUAAGGGCUGUGUUCAUCCAAAUGGUAUAACAUUCACACCAGCUGGUGAUCUGGUUGUGGCUACGUAUGCAUCAGUUAAAAUAUACAAACAGGAGUAA